AUGACCACCACAGCUAAUCUAAUGUCACAAGGAUCUGUUUUUUUACAAGGGGACGCCAUACAGAUUCUUGGCCAACGAACCAAUCAGAGCUACAUUGAAUCUCUUCUCAAUGUUUCAGGAUGCUACACCAUAUCGGAUUAUAGUUGCCCUAAGUUAGACAAGUAUCAAAAAUUCCUUAAAAAUGACUUCUAUAUUGAUGUUGGCCUCAUAUCCGUGAUAGAACCAAUUCCGGCCAUACUAACUAUACCCAAAACCUGGUUUCGUUUUGUCUCGAAGUCACAUUUGAUAGAGCUUGGAGAAACCCCACCUUAUUACCCAUGUACUAAUCACAGUUCCCCAUCUGAUCUCAUGCCUGCUCCUUACACAGUUAUAUUUACUUUUGUUCAAACUACGUUGGCGUCCUAUCGAAGAUUAGAGACUGCACCAAAGCGGGUGGGGAAUCAUACGUCUUACUCAUACUAA